AUGUCAGUAGGCCGAGGACUAGGACGUCUUGCUGGACAACUGCAGCAGCAACACAUCCGUUCUUUAGAGGCAUCCUUCAUCGCAGCUUCAAGCCAGUUUGGAUCGUACAACUUUAGAGAGUACUUUACCCGGAAAACCACACAGAAGUUCUCCGAACAACUACCACGAGUCCUGGGCACGAGCCAAAUAGACGACAAGACUCUAGCUCAAAUCGAUCCCAAAACUCAGCAGGACCUGCACGCUUGGUGGUCAUCUUCGCUGGACGAACUCGCGGUCCUUCAACGUGCUUCUGUCAUGAACAAACUCUUCGAGGCUCCCAAACUUGUCGUCGAAAACGCGGCUAACUCUUUUUCGAACUCUCACCAGGACCAGCCGCCCAACACUACUGAAAAGAAAUCCUCAGGAACGAUUCCCGACCAGUCGUCCGAUCCCAAGUCGGACACUUAA